AUUCUCCACCCCUCCUCUUCACAUGAUAAACUCUUAUCCCAUUUCCAUGCACCACUUACUCCAACACUGACCAACUCCAUCGCCACCAACUCCUACUCCGUCACCGCCAUGUCGGCGGAUCAUUUCUUCCGGCGGGGGCUGCGUCCUCUGCUUGUCUUUCUAUCCUUUUUCAGCCUGACAUCUUUCUCCAAAUCCGAUGAGCUCCAGCCCCUUCUAGAAUUCAAGUCGGCUCUACAAAAGUCAAACCCCAAUGUUUUCAGUUCCUGGACGCCAGGUAACUCAACAUGCAGCUUCAGCGGAAUUGUAUGCAACUCCAACGGGUUUGUCACAGAAAUCAAUCUCCCCCAACAAAAUCUAUCUGGGAUUCUUCCAUUUGAUUCAAUAUGCAAGCUUCAGGCGCUAGAGAAACUCUCUCUGGGCUUCAAUUUUUUGCAUGGUGGCAUCUCUGAGGACUUGAAGAAUUGCACUAGUUUGCAACAGUUAGAUUUGGGUGUGAAUUCAUUUUCUGGGGAAGUGCCUGAUUUGUCUUCUUUAGGCAAAUUGAAGUUAUUGAGUUUAAACACCAGUGGGUUUUCUGGGCAAUUUCCAUGGAGAUCGUUGGAAAAUCUUACGAGUCUCACUUUCUUAAGCCUCGGCGACAUUGUCUUUGAAGAAAGUCCUUUCCCUGUGGAGAUCUUAAAGCUUGAGAAAUUGUACUGGCUUUACCUAUCAAACUGUAGCCUCGGAGGUCGAAUUCCAGAGGGUCUAGGAAACCUUACUCUGCUCGAAAAUCUUGAGCUUUCCUGUAACCAAUUUUCCGGUGAAAUCCCUGGUGAUAUUGUAAAACUCAAGAAUCUUUGGCAACUCGAGCUUUACUUUAAUUUCUUGACCGGAACACUGCCGGUGGGAUUUGGAAAUCUUACGAGUCUUGUAAAUUUUGAUGCGUCUGGUAAUAGCCUCCAAGGAAAUAUAUCUGAGGUGAGACUCUUGAAGAACAUUGCUUCUCUACAGCUCUAUGAGAAUCAGUUCACAGGGGAGAUUCCUGAAGAGCUUUGGGAGUUCAAUAAGCUUGUGGCAUUGGCAAUCUACGGGAACAAGUUUACGGGUCUUCUUCCUCAAAAGCUUGGCUCCAGCCAAUUUCAAGGUCAGCUACCAAGAUCAAUGGCCAACUGUACGUUGCUAGAGUAUCUUGAUAUUGGUAACAAUCAGAUCAAUGACACCUUUCCCUCCUGGUUGGUUUGCAAUCUGCAUUCACUUGAAGUACUUGAUUUGUCUUAUAACAACUUGAGUGGUAUGCUUCAUCCAUGUUUAGGAAACUUCAGUUCUCGUUUGUCAGUGCUUCAACUACAAAGCAACAACUUCCAUGGCACCAUCCCAAAAACUUGGGCAAAGGGAAGCAACUUAAGGAUGAUUGACUUAAGUGAAAACCAAUUCCAAGGUGAGCUACCAAGAUCUAUGGCCAACUGUAUGAUGCUUGAAUAUCUUAAUGUUGGUAACAAUCAGAUCAAUGAUACCUUUCCCUUUUGGUUGGGAGCUCUUUCUCAGUUGAAGGUUCUCGUUGUCCGUUCUAAUGUAUUCCAAGGUGCAAUAAAGAGUCCUGAAAUCAAUUAUACAUUUCCUGAGUUGCAUAUCAUUGAUCUCUCUCAAAAUAGUUUCUCUGGAAUUUUGCCUACAAAGUAUUUCCAACAUUGGAAUGCCAUGAAAGUUGUUGGUGCGAAGAAAUUGAAAUACAUGGAGGUUAAUUAUGGAGUAGGCGGGUUGGGUCGUUUUAUCCCAUUUACAAUCACACUUGCAAACAAAGGCACAAUGUUGAAGUAUGAGAAAAUCCCAGAUGUGUUUCGAGUCAUUGAUUUCUCAAGCAAUAGAUUUGAAGGACACAUUCCAGAACUUGUGGGGAGUCUUAAAGGACUUCAUUCGCUAAAUCUUUCUAAUAAUGUUCUCACUGGUCAUAUCCCACCAUCUUUAGGGAACUUGACAAAUCUAGAAUCAAUGGACCUUUCCCAAAAUAAGUUAUUUGGAGAGAUACCGGCACAGCUAACCCAACUCUUUUCUCUUGGAUACUUUAAUGUCUCCAACAACUGUCUCACGGGACCUAUACCACGUGGAAAUCAACUUGACACAUUUCAAAAUAAUUCAUUUGGAGGUAAUUUAGGAUUGUGUGGAAGCCCACUAUCAAAAAAAUGUGGAGAUUUCAAGUACACUCCAACUCCACCUUAUCCCUUUGAAGAGAAUCAAAGGUUAGAGUCUCCAUUUGAGUUUGGGUGGAAAGUAGUAGCCAUAGGGUAUGGAUUUGGAUUUGUGAUUGGAGUUGUUAUUGGGCAAAUUGUUAUUGCAAGGAAGUAUCCUUGGUUUGUUAAGAUUUUUGGAAAGAUGUAGCAAACUGAAAGAAUGGGGAAUUGGAGAAGGCCAUAAAUUUGAAUUUAGUUAAAUAAAAUGUUUUAGGGAAGCAUAAAUGUCUAUGUUUCUAGCAUUAUUAUAGGGUGCUUGAUUGCUUGAUGGAAUUGUA